CGUAUUCUUUACCACUAAUACACCACACAGUCGCUCCUCCGAUUUGUCUUCUCUUCUAGACUCUUCUUUUCUACUCCUUCUCUGCAAACUACAGCUCUCUUCAAUGGCUACCGAUCUGGAAACGAAAGCCAAAGAAGCCUUCAUCGACGAUCACUUUCAGCUUGCAGCCGAACUCUACUCGAAAGCCAUCGAGAUUAGCCCUAAUAACGCUGACUUGUAUGUUGACCGCGCUCAAGCCAACAUCAAACUUGGAAACUUUACUGAGGCUGUGGCGGAUACGAACAAAGCAAUUGAGUUGAACCCUUCAAUUCCCAAAGCCUACUUGCGGAAAGCCCUUGCCUGCAUGAAGCUUGAGGAAUAUCAGACAGCUAAGGCAGCUUUGGAAACGGGUGCUGCCCUAGCACCUGGAGAACUUAGAUUCACCAGCUUAAUAAAGGAAUGUAACGAGCGCAUAGCUGAGGAAUGUGGUGAUUCGCAAAAGGAUUCAUCGGAAAAGACCCCUGAAAUAUCUACAAAAGAUGCUUUGGCAGAGAUGAACCUUUCCAACCAGGAGCCAGUGGUACCAGCAGCCAAACCGAAAUUCAGGCAUGAAUAUUACCAGAAGCCUGAGGAAGUGGUUGUUACCAUAUUUGCAAAGGGGAUUCCAGCCCAAAGCGUUUCUGUUGAGUUCGGUGAACAGAUACUAAGUGUUAGCAUUGAUGUUCCUGGCGGAGAGCCAUAUCAUUUACAACCUCGCUUAUUUGGAAAGAUUGUACCUGCCAAGUGCAGAUAUGAUGUCUUGUCUACCAAAGUGGAAAUCCGUCUUGCAAAAGCUGAAACAAUAUUCUGGACAUCUCUUGAAUUCACCAAGGAAAAUACAGUUUUGCGAAGGGUUAAUGUAUCAUCUGUUACUGGAUCUCAACGUCCUACUUAUCCAUCCUCAAGACCUACCAAAGAUUGGGAUAAGCUUGAAGCUCAAGUGAAGAAGGAGGAAAAGGAUGAGAAGCUAGAUGGUGAUGCAGCUUUGAACAAGUUUUUCCAGAACAUCUAUGCUGAUGCUGAUGAGGACACAAGACGAGCCAUGAAAAAAUCUUUUGUGGAGUCAAAUGGGACGGUGCUCUCGACAAACUGGAAAGAAGUUGGUACCAAGAAAGUAGAAGGAAGUCCUCCAGAUGGUAUGGAAAUGAAGAAAUGGGAGAUCUAGACUUCUCCAAUUGAAUGUACUUGUAUUUUAAGAGUUUGAUUUUUGGUGUGAAGAAACUUGUCAUCACUUGUGCUCAAAACCGGACAUUUUUUAUGUUUGGAUGUCGACCUUUUUCUUUUUAAACUCAUUACUCUUUGUUGAUCUA